GACCAUGUCAAAUAGUAUGACUUAUGCACUUGUCCUAUAAAACGUUAAAGCACCCAUGCCUCACAAACAACACACGUAUAACAAAAUCAGAGAGAGCCUUAUUAAAAUGAUGGUCUCUCAGUCUCUCAUCCCUAUUGCCAUAUUGGCUUUGGCCAUCAUUUUCUCUGUCAAUGCUUAUGAUCCAAGUCCACUCCAAGAUUUCUGUGUCGCCAUUGAUGACCUAAAUGGCGUUUUUGUGAAUGGUAGGUUCUGUAAAGACCCGGUGCAAGUCAAUGCAGAAGAUUUUUUCUUCUCAGGCCUCAACGUUCCCGGGAACACUGAUAAUCAAGUUGGCUCCAAUGUGACCACGGUCAAUGUUGAUCAGAUCCCAGGGCUAAACACCAUGGGAAUAUCAUUGGUCCGCAUAGACUAUGCGCCAUAUGGUCAAAACCCGCCUCACACGCACCCUCGUGGCUCAGAGAUCCUUGUCCUUGUCAAAGGGACAUUAUAUGUCGGUUUUGUCUCGUCCAAUCAAGACAACAAUCGUUUAUUCGCCAAAGUAUUGCAGCCAGGUGACGUUUUUGUGUUCCCUAUAGGAAUGAUCCAUUUUCAAGUAAACGUUGGAAGAGUCCCUGCUGUUGCUUUUGCUGGACUGAGUAGUCAGAACGCUGGUGUGAUCACAAUCGCAAACGCUGUGUUCGGGUCUAACCCUCCGAUUAAUCCCGAGGUUCUAGCCAGGGCUUUCCAGUUGGACCCAUAUAUUGUCAAAGAACUCCAGGCCAGGUUUGGUCCAUGAAAUGAGUCUACGUCGUUAAGUGUGUUUAUCAUUGUACGUAACACAAAAAUAAUAAUGUAAAACCUAAGAAUUAUGUUAUAUAAAGCAAUAAUGGUGUUGUUAAACUAAAUAAUUUCUAUAUUCUAGCAUUGCUAAUAAAUAUAUUUAACACUAUAUUAUAGUAAUACUAGAUGAAUAAAAGUUUCAUGGAUACAACAUAAUCAGGUCUGUAAGAAUCGAAAAUGAUAAAAAUAUACCCAAUCCAAUAAUUUUAGCGAAAACAAGCC